AUGUCCGAUAACCAACACACCAUCGCCACCGACGCCGAGCUCCUCACCAGUGCCUCCGGAGCCGUCGUUGCAGUCGACCAGAUCAUGAAAACCUUCAGCUCGGAAGAGCACAAAACCCAACACGCAGUCAAAGCCGCCAUCGGCACCGCGGUAGCGAUUGGAGCUUUUGAGCUGCUACGUCGAGAAGAGGAGGAAGGGGGACGACGUAGGAGUUCUUCAGUACGGCGCAGGAGUUCGUCGGUGGGACGUAGGAGUUCUUCGGUACAGCGUCGGGGCUCGUCGAGUCGAUCACGCAGUCCGUCGCCGAAACAUCAUUUUCGGCAUAUUGCGGAAGAGGUGCUUGGGGCAUAUGGAAUUGGGAAGGAAAUGAUGGGGGACAAGAGACAUCAUGUUGCGCAUUUGGUGGAAGCGGUCAUUGGGGCGGUGGGGUUGGUUCAUGAUGCGAAGGCUCAUAGCGAGGUUAGAGAUGACGAGAAAUAG